AUGGCUUUCACAGAGCACACCCCGCUAACCCCCCACCGCCGGAACCUCUGCACCCGUUCCAUCUGGCUAGCAAGGAAGAUCCGUUCAGACUUGAAUUCCCUCCUGGAGUCUUACGUUGAAUAUCAGGGUCUGAACAAGAAUAUCGACCUGGAUUUUGUGGAUGGUGUACCAACAGCCAGCACUGACCGAUGGAAUGAGCUGACAGAAGCAGAAAGGCUACAAGAAAAUCUCCAAGCUUAUCGUACCUUCCAUAGGCUCCUGACUAAAGUCCUGGAGGACCAGAAGGUACAGUUCACCCCCACAGAAAGAGAUUUCCACCAGAACAUCCACAGGCUCCUGCUCCAAGUGUCUGCCUUUGCUUACGAGAUAGAGGAGCUGAUGGCACUGCUGGGACAUCAGGCCCCAUGUCAAGAGACCGACAAGAUGCCAGAUGGUGGUGGUCCCCGAACCUUCUUGGAAAAGAAACUGUGGGGCUUGAAGGUGCUGCAGGAGCUCAUGCAGUGGACAGUAAGGUCCAUCCACGACCUCCGUUGGAUCUCAUCUCCUGGCCAGAACAGAGUCCCGGCCAGUGGGAGUCAACAACUUGCCGAGGCCCAGGAGAUGUAG